AUGUCCAGAGAAGGUAUCAAUGCUGGCAAUGAUGCUACUGCUGCUGGUCUCUCUAAGUUAACCACAUCGUCAAGUCCUAAUUUACAAAAGGCUUCACCUAUAUAUGAUCUACUGCAUUCCAAUGGCAGCAGCAGUAAUAAUAAGGGCAAAGUGACACAAUUGUCGAAUAGUUCUGCAAAACCAGCAAAUAUUCUGUCUACACAGAGUCUCACACCAAGCGGAGCGUUAUCAGUACAGUCGUUAAAGCAAAAUGCCGCUUUGCUGAAUGAACCACUAAUACCACACCUGCAAAAAUCGCACUCAACGUCAUUGGCUGCCAUUGAAAAAAGCUCAUCAAACAAUAAUGGCGAAAAUAACAGUUUACCUAACUUACCGGAUAUACUUGCCAAUACGACACACAACUAUACGGUGAAUUUGCCAGAACUGUCCACCACGAACAAAUUCAACCACCACCUGCCAUUAUUGAAUAGAUCAGAAUCGAUGUUCCCAUCAACACAGUAUCGCACCGCCGUAAACUCUCCACUGACACAGAAAAGGUCUUACUCACAUCUAACUGCCACCGAUACUUCCACUACGGCGUCGCCUGAUCGGAAUGAAGAAACAGGAAUGAAGAAACUGUCAAUGCUACCCAAAACAGAGGAUAGAGAACCUCCACCUGCUGUUGCUGCGGCAGAUGAAUCUUACAUUCAGACGGCCACGGAAGACGAAGCAACUCAAGGGAAGGAGAAGAGGAUGAAAACUGGCAACCAUUUAAUCGCAAGAAGAAACACGCAAGAAAUGAUUGCCAAAUCCAUAGCAGAGAAACACUUAGCCAUUCCCAUCUCAGAAUACGCUGAGGUGGUGAAAAAAUCAGAACUGGAGGUGGCUAACAUGGAUCCACAAUCGGUCUCCAAAUCAACCUUGCAGACAGCAGAGCAAAGCAAGGAAAGAGAGAGGCAGAUAUUUGCUCUUCUCUGGCUGAUGAAAAACUGUGAAUCAAAACACGACAGUUAUGUUCCUCGCGGGAGGAUAUUUGCCCAGUAUGCGUCGUCCUGUUCCCAAAACGAAUUGAAGCCCCUUUCGCAGGCGUCGUUGGGGAAAUUGAUCCGAACUGUGUUCCCUGAUCUGACCACAAGAAGACUGGGAACAAGAGGACAAUCAAAGUAUCAUUACUGUGGACUGAAAUUGAUUACCGAUGAGGGAGAAGACGCUGAUGACAGUGUGGGACAACUGUUCAGUAAUAAGGGUAGUAUCGGUAUCAAACGCGAAAGAACGGAUAACCAGAAUACCAGAAACUUAGCGUACCUUGACGAUAUGGAGAUAGGGAAGUCAGAGAACGUUUCUUCGAAGGGUUCCCGCGCUGCCUCCCCUAUCACAAUACCACGAGCAUCAGAGGACAGGGCUUACUCUCUAGCAAGAGAAAACUCUUUUAAUAGAAAAAAGGUUACAGAGAACGGCAGACAUGUUGCAGGGGGUCAUCCAAACUUUUUAUUCCUAACAAACAUCCUCACUUCUGUGUUCGACAAUAGUGAAAUUAAUUCUCCCAACUAUAAACUGACCUUGCCUUCAAUUACAAACAAUAUUAUAGCGAAGAUCAACAGUCAAAGAGAAACUGAUAUAGACAUGGACACUGUCUCCUCUCUCGAAUCACUCUAUCAUGCAUAUUGCAAUGGCAUUUUUGAGAACACCAAGUUUUUCAAGUUCGAUUUACUGUCGCAGCACCUCCACAUGCUCAGUUCUGGAUCAGUUUCCCCUCAAAUUUUUGACCUUUACACUUCUAAGGAGUUGAAGCAAUGGAUACAUGAAUGUGACAUGAUAACACAUGUAGCAGUGGUUAAGCAUCUGUCAAAUUUGGUGAUAAACCACAAUAAUGUCACAGACAAUACAAUUUGCAAGCUGGAAAACCUUGUGACCUCUUAUUCAGACCGUGUAGUCAAGUCUACUUACGGUUUACCCACAGGAUUAAUUGACUCAAAAAUCGCCAUUCUAAAACAGUUUACGACAUUGCUGAAAAUGUUACUGAAAUUAUUGAGAUUUAUCACAGGAUUUGUGACAAGUUACGGCUCUUUUAAGGAAGGUAUGGGAAGAGAUUGGGCUACUAUUGUCAAUUUGAAUGACAUCCUAGAGAUGGUUACCGCAAACUCCACACACCAAGAUACGAUCAAACUAAUCAAAGAGCAUAUUUCGACGAUGACAGCGACGUUUCUACACGACGAGGGUCCAAACUCGCUGAACAAUGUGAUCAUAUCUUUAUUAAAAUUUAUUUCAGAUUCGAGAUUACCGGCAUCCGAACUGAUAGACAGCUACGUUAGAUUCACGAAUGCAUUGAUUGGGGAUAUUUCCCUCAAAUCGACAGAGAAUCUACUACCUUGGUUGUUCUUCAACAAUAUAACUGUUCAGUUGUUCAACUAUUCAUUCGAGGUUACAAAAUUCCUUUCUUGA